AUGGCAUCCCUCCCCACGCAGCAGUUUGAGAUCCUCGUGGCAUGCACGUGCAACUGCUUCUCCUCGGUGGGGAUGAUCCUCUUCAACAAACUGGCUGUCCAGGCCCUGCCUUUGGAGUGCAGUUUGGUGUGGCUGCAGCUCUUCUUUGCAGCAUUCUUCAUGCUUAUCUUUGGCUUCCCCUACUUGCACAUUGGCUCCAUGAAGGACUUCCUACGCUGGUGCAUGGUGGUCCCGUUCUUCACCGGCAUGCUCAUGACUUCCAUUCUUGCGUUGAAGAAGGCACCGAUGUCCCUGGUUAUCGUCCUCCGGAGCGCAUCGCCCCUCUUUUCCCUCAUCUUCGAGCGCUUCUACCCGGAGCCACUGCGCAUCAGUGGGCCCAUGGUCUGCGCCAUCGUCGUGAUGGUCGCCGGGGCGGUCAUGUAUGUCUCUCAGCUCCAUGCUGAGCACUGGGAGGGCAUCGGCUGGGUGAUGCUGAACAGCAUCGUUGCAGUGUGCGACCGGCUGCUGCAGCGCUUGCUGCUGUCGAAGGAGCAGCACCCUGUGGACAUCUCCAAGACAGGCAUCACUGUCAUCAACAACAUGAUGGGCCUGAUCCCAGUGGGCAUGGCAGCCUACUUCACGGGAGAAGUCGGCCAGUUCCCUUAUGCGUACGCCAACCUCACAGGCUUGGACAAGGUCUACAUCGGCUUAAGCUGUGUCAUCGGUCUGUCCAUCGGCUUCACGGGAAUCUGGGCCCAGAGUCUGAUCAGUGCGACCAGCUUCCUUGUCAUGGUCAAUGCCAACAAGUUCGUGAUUAUUGGUAUCGAAGCCUUUGGCAUGCACACAAAGGUGCUGACCCAUGGCCAGAUUCUCGGUGCCUCCCUGUCCAUCUUGGGCGGCAUCCUCUACGGGAAAGCACGCCAGCAGAUCGAACAGGAGGAAGAGGAAAGGAAGCAAUUGCUGCCCAGCGUGAAGGUGUAG